AUGGCAGAAUCUAUCAUUACAGCUGCAGAUAUAGAGCAAAAAACAAUACAAAUCAUUCAAUCAGGAACUCUAGAUGAUUUUAAAUUGCUUGGAAUUGGUAGUUCUGAUAUAAAUCGUAGUUUAUCAAUUUCAUCUAGUGUAAAAAUUGUCAAUAAAUCCAAAAAAUACCCUUUUAGAGAAAUAACAUCUCCAACAAUUGUCGUUCUAGCUAUCCUUUGUGAACGAGAAGAUAUCCUUGAAUAUAUUCUCGAUAAUUUGAAUCCAAAUCUUUCAAUUUACGUCAAUGGAUGGCAUCCAAUUCAUUACGCCGCAUGUACUAGUAGCUAUAAAUGCAUGCAACUUCUUCUAAAAGUCCAAUAUAUCCAAGAAAAUAUUGAUAUUCCAAUUAUUCCAUCAUUUAAAAUUGAAACAGACCCUUCUUACCAUACAACAGCUCUUCACAUUGCAGUUACAAAUCAUAGAUAUGCUCAAGUACUCCUUUUGACAUCGCCAUUACCAGAUAUCAUUUAUACAGACGCAGGAAAGAAAAUUAACAACAUUGAACCGUCUGAAUUUGAGUCCGCAAAUAUAUUCCAGUUAUCCUUACAAGGAAAUUCGGCUCUUCACAUAGCAACAAAAAUAAAAGACGUAGAUCUUGUCCGAAUUCUCUUGAUUGCAGGUGCAGACCCUAAUAUGGUUAAUCACAACAAUAUUACAUCCACCAAUCUUGCAAAAUCUCUUGACUAUCGCGAAAUUCAAGAAAUUUUGAAAAAUAAUGAUAUCGGUGAAGUUGAUUUUUACGAGAAAUACUUUGAACCUCUUGACUUCCACAACAUGACAAAGGAUAAUUACGAUGAAAAUUCCGAAGAAAACCAAGGAAAACCAAAUAAUGCUUCGAAAUCUGAAGUUGAAGAGCUCCAAGACGAGCUAAAUAAGAUGAUCUUCCAAAUACAAGAGCUAAGUAUCAUGAUUCAUGACUUUGAAACGAAAGAUCAAAAUGUUAUUUUACAUGUCUGUUCAAGAUGCGGAAAACUGACAGAAAAUCAAUGUCCAAGUUGUUCCGAGUACUUCUGCGAAGACUGUUUCAAACUUGGAGUUCAUUCAUGCAAAUCUUCUCAAUGA